AUGAGCAGGAAAAGGCGUGGUAGCCCCAACGGGAAGCCUGCUCCCACCAACCUGAAAGGCGGGGAAAUUUCCCCGAAGGAUGCCAACUUGGAAGAAAGCGUUGACCGGGCAGGGGAUGGGGCGGAGAAGGCGGCGCCUCCGCGGAAGACCGCGAGCAAAGAGGGCAGAAUGGAACCCAUGUCGCCGCGUCCUUACCUGAAGGAGAUCGACUUCACUGACGUUGUCUACAGUCCCCAUACCCUCAUGGCAUUGGUGGUGUUCAUUUCCUUCGUUCUUCUUAUGGUCCGCUAUUACUACUACCCCGAUAUGAGUGUCGUGGCCAGCGUGAAGCUUGGAUUGGCCGCCUCCGCAUUUUCGUUUCUGGUCUUUGGGGUGAUUCAUCUGCCAGACUCUUUGCUGGUGCGGCCGCAUCCAUUUGUGUGGCGCGGGGUUUUGGCACUCGCCGUGUUAUACGUGGCCCUGCUGUCGUUUUUGCUGUUUCAGAACUUGACGACGGUGCGUGCCAUCAUGGGCCUUUACGACCCUGCGCUGCUUGAGGCGCUGCCGGAGGGGCAGUAUGCGGUGGACUGCCGCAUCUCCACCCCAAGUAAACCCUACUUGUUUUUUCACACCGCCUUCGACGUCUUCAUUAUUGCCCACGCCCUGGGCUACUUUGUAAAGACGCUGAUUUUGCGGGAUUGGCGCCUUGCAACGUGUGUCUCCGUAGGCUUUGAGAUUCUUGAGGUGACCUUUCAGCACGUGCUGCCAAACUUCAAGGAGUGCUGGUGGGACCAUCUCUUGCUGGACGUGCUCCUCUGCAAUGGCGGGGGGACGCUGCUGGGGAUGUUUAUGCUGCGGCGACUGCGGGCGAAGAAGUACCACUGGGUCGCGCUGCGGAACAUCAAGGGUUACAAGGGAAAGACGCAGCGAAUUCUCGGCCAGUUCGGCCCUCGCAGCUUUGUGUCCUACGAAUGGGACGUGUUUCAUGACCCAAAGCGAUUUGUGCAGUUUCUCAUGGUGUUGCUAUUCAUGUUUCUAGAGGAGUUAAACUGCUUUACGAUGAAACACAUUCUGCAAAUGCCACCAAAGUACCACCUUGUCACGCUACGGCUGGCACUGUGGAGCCUCAUGGCGAUGCCCAGCAUACGCGAAAUUUACGCCUACAUCAACGCCACUGACACCAAGAUGGCGCGGUUAGGCGCGACGGCGUGGGUGUCGAUUUCGGCGCUUUUGCUUGAGACGAUUUGGAUCGCCAAGCUGGCCAUGGAAGGCGGUUACUUUUAUCAGCCCAUGCCAACCCACAUUGCGGUACCCUGGAUGUGCGCCAUCUUCCUCUUUGCCGUGUGGUUUGCCUUGUUUUUUGGCGUCCUCUCCCUGCGGCAGCGGCGGGAGCGGCGUGGGGUGUGGUACGCCGUGUCGAACCUCUUCUUCUACGCCGGCUGCGGCUGCGUCGUGGCGAUGUUUCUGAUGGGGAUGCCCGACCUGCGGCUUGGCAGGGAAUCCUUCGAACGCCUCAUGGCGCCGUACGAGGCGUGGAUCUUCUUCUGGCGGCGGUGA